AGGUUCCACAGUAACAAGUUUACAAGCAAGAUUAAAACACGACACAAAGCACAGUCUACGACGCAAUUUGCUCAAGAUCGGUUUGAUUCUUAUAGUGAUUUCUUUAUAAGUUGAAAAUUAAACAUUCUAAUCAUGUUUAAGCUUCUGCUUUUAGUAUAUUUCGUGGUAAUGUUUGAUAUUCUACUCAAUGCAGAGUGCAGUUUUAUAAACGUACAUUUGGUAAGAAGGAGAAGUCCUAGACAAAACUUAAAAAUUGCUAAUGAACAUGGAUUAGAUAUUCAUGCUCUUGAAAACACCAAAAAUGCCACAAAUUACACCUUAGCCCUGCAAAAAUAUUUAGAUAAUGAGUUUUAUGGAUUUAUCAGAGUAGGGUCAAGAAGUCAACAGUUCCAAGUUAUCUUUGAUACAGCCUGGACAACCAGCUGGAUAAUGUCAAAAGAUUGCCCUCCAAGUGUUGAUGGAUGCAAGGGUCAUCAACUUUAUGAUCAUGAUCGUUCCGACACUUACGUUCGCAAUGGGACUAAAUAUAGUUCACGGGAAGGUGAUGAGGUUCUUAGUGGUUACUAUUCAAGAGAUAAAAUCAAUUUUGGCGGUUGUAAAUUGAACCAAACCUUUGUGGAAAUGACCCAGGUCCCUGCAAGUUUCAUGCUCAACAAGGCCGAUGGUCUGAUUGGACUGUCGCCAUCUUUCAAUGGUGAAAAAACAGUUCCUGAAAUGCUCUAUGAAGAAGGCUGGCUUAAACAACCAAUUUUCUCGAUUUUUCUCAACAGAGAUUACCAGUCCAGUCGUGGCGGUGACAUAAUGUUGGGGGCAAUCAAUGAAAAACACAUCCAUGUCACCAACAAAGUCAAAGAUAAAGUUACCUAUGUUCGAGUGGAUAGCUCCUAUGGUCAGUGGGCAUUCAAAAUGGAUAGUGCUGCUUUAAUAAUAGCCAAGAAAUCCAUUCCACUCUGUACGCAGAAUUGUGACGCUCUUGUUGACACUGGUUCCAUCAACAUUUACGCUCCCAAAGAAGCUGUGGAUGAAAUAAAUUAUCGAAUUCACGCCACCCCUGAUGAUGAUAAGUUUGCGGUUGAUUGUGAUAAAAUCAACAAGCUGCCACCAUUUAGUGUUGUAAUCGGGGGGCAAACAUUCCUUUUGAAAGGAAAAGAAUACACGCAUAGGAUUACUAUUCGAAACGUCGAUAAAUGCUAUUCUGUCUUCAUGCCAGGAUCAGACAAUCAAUGGGUUUUAGGCGGUGCAUUCCUGGCACGUUAUUUUAGCAUUUACAACUUUCAAUCGAAAGUUAUUGGCUUUGUAAGGGCCGCUUAACCUCAAAACAUCAAACCGUGAAUUUACAGGUUAUAGAUAUCCAGUUUUAAUGAUAGUUUAUGCUGUAAUCAUGACAAUUCAUUUAAUAAUGCAUGCAAAAUGUUUUCUAAUGGCUUUUUAGGUGUAAUCAAUUCAAAAUGCUUUAAUAUUCUUAAAGAAUAUAAUUAAACAUAACAAAA